AUGGCAGAGUCAGAUUUUCGCCUGUUCCAGAAGCUCUUAGUGGGCCGCGAACUUCCAGCCCUACAGCAGGAUGCUGAAUACUUGGAGGAAUCACACGAUUCUGAGCUCGAAUCCCUAGCCACAGCUGACGAGCAGCUCUACCAAAUCUCGUCAAUCUCACCGCUUGCAAGACAAUACGUCUCCCACAGGCUGCCAAACAGUAGUGACACGGAGUACGAGCCUGGUGAGGAGGCUUACGAGGAGGAACAAUCUGACAAUGGUUCUGUAAAUAGUGAUUAUGGUGUUUUGGACGCAAGAUCCACUGCCAGGCGCAAGCCCAGCGCCGCAAGAAAAGGUUUCCGCCCAGGAAUACACUCAGAUCUUAAUCCAAGCGGGCAGGCUGUCGCGAAUCAGCUUGGCUUAGCUGGCGACCGCGCAGCAACACCCGCGGAAUACCAGCAGCACCCGCAACCCACGCCUCAACCCCAUUACCAUCCGCAACCAUCCCAGUACCAUCCGCCUCCCCAGCCUCAACCCCAGUACCAUCUGCAACCCCCUCCUCAACCACAGUACCAUCCACCUCAACUCCAGUAUGAUCCACAACCUCCGCCCCAACCCCAAUACCACCCGCAACCCCCGUUUCAACCCCCACCUCAACCCCAAUACCACCCACAACCCCCACCUCAACCCCAAUACCACCCACAACCCCCACCUCAACCCCAAUACCACCCACAACCCCCACCUCAACCCCAGUACCACGCUGAUCGGAACGAGGACAGAGCAGUGGCGGAGGCGUACGCCGCCGCAUUCGCGUUACUUCGGGGUGGGUUGUCAUCGAGGCUCCCACCACAGUUGGAUUUGACUCAAGAUGGCCCUUUGGCCCCAUGGGGGGCCGCACGGCUCGUCGCCCUUGCACCCCUCCACCCAGGAGAGACGAUCCGCGGGGAAAGAACCCAGGGCGUAAUCCGAUACAAAGAGGCUGCGAAGGAACAUCUUCGCAGCCUCAUCCUGAAUGCGGAUCCCGAAACGGACGGGGCUCCCGAAGACGAGCUUCGCAACAAAAUGAUCGAUACUGCACUGCAAAUCGCACGAACGAAAAUCGGUCAAGAGGAAAUCGAGGAUAUCAAGGGGAUCAACCACUAUAUGGUGGCUUCGUUAGCAGAUAUGCGACGAAGCUUCAAAUCUUACGCUUUGAACACUGUUCCAGUUGGUUACCAUCUACGUCUACCAUUAUUUUCUGAGGAGGACCAGCCGGCGCACACGCGAGACCGAAUCAAAAUUCUACUCGAGGAUUCAGAGUACUUGCACGAAAUUGAACAGACCAUCGACGGCACAGAGAUUAAACGGCCCCUGGAGAACAAGGUCCUCAUCAACAUGGUCAUUGACCUGUUGAAAGGGGGCCUAUCAGACGUGAUACAUGGUCCGCUCGAUCGUUUGUUUGCAAUGUGUGGUGCAACAAUUCGUUGCGUGCUACAGGCUUAUCGAACUGGUCAAUUCGUUGAUGUCUCGGUGAACUCUACUGCCUUUGAUGAUGCUUACCACGAAAUCAUAGCUUACAUUACUACAACCAUCCGUGCCUCGCAUACCUUGCGUGAAAGGUUUGAUUCUGUACAACAGGCAAUUCUUAAACGAGUACUCGUGAAUUAG